AAUGUUUAAACCCAUGUUUGAGUGUUUGGGAGUACAUCGAUGGGCCCCAGGCCCCGCCCCUCGCGGUGAACUCCCCCUAUGAGGAUGGUCAAGUUGACUCGCCCCGCAACAUGAGCAGUAACGUGCUUUCAGCGGAAAAUAGUAAACAAUUCACAACAGCACGAAGAAAACGAACCGUCCCGAGUCUGCCUUCAGGAAUCGUCUUUUGUGUGAAACUUCGAUGCGAUUCAUGGCAAGGCUUUGCGGUCCGUGCACUCAAACCCACUGAUGACCGAGGGCACUUGAUGGCACACAAAAGACAAGUUAUUUCGGGUCGUUUUCACCUGUGAUCGACUGGACAGGGAUGCUCUGUGACUGACAUCGCUGCUAUUCGCCUGGAAACACCGUUUCGGAUCGCUCUGACGUCUCGUCGCCGAAAACAACAAGGUCUGUCCCGUAUGAUCGUGUAUCCAUCCGGGCUGUCGGAGAUGGACGGCAUCGGGAACACCAUGCAGAAGAAGGCUGCUGAGCUGGAGCGCAUGGCCGAAGUCCUCGUUACGGGAGAACAGUUACGGCUACGGCUCCAUGAGGCUAAAGUUAUUAAAGACAGGAGACAUCAUCUCCGCACCUAUCCCAAUUGCUUUGUGGCCAAGGAGAUCGUUGAUUGGCUAAUUGAGCACAAAGAAGCGUCUGACAGAGAUACUUCCAUCAAGAUCAUGCAGAAACUUCUUGACCAGAGCAUCAUUCACCAUGUUUGUGAUGAACACAAGGAGUUCAGAGAUAUGAAGCUGUUCUACCGUUUCAGGAAGGACGACGGAACCUUUCCACUGGACAGCGAAGCCAAAGUUUUCAUGAGAGGCCAGCGGAUAUAUGAGAAGUUGAUGAACACUGAAAACACCCUCCUGCAGACUCGUGAAGAGGAGGGAGUGACGUACGAGCGGACGCUGGUGGCCUCUGAGUUUAUAGACUGGCUCCUGCAGGAAGGUGAGAUGCCCACCAGAGAGGAGGCCGAGCGCUUGGGACGCAGACUGCUGGAGCAUGGCAUCAUCCAGCACGUUUCUAAUAAACACCAUUUUGUGGAUGGCGGACUGCUUUACCAAUUCAGGAUGAAUUUCCGGAGACGACGGCGGCUGAUGGAGCUUUUGAACGAGCGCUGUCGAAGCAUACCGGAGAACCACGACAGCCCUUUCUGUCUUCGCAAACAGGGCUCUGAGGGGGGAAACACCAGCUUCCUUUCAGUAAGCCCCACUAAAGAGAUAAAGGUGGUGUCUGCAGUACGGCGGAGCAGUAUGAGCAGUAGUUGUGGCAGCAGCGGUUAUUAUAGCAGCAGCCCCACGCUCAGCAGCAGCCCCCCUGUGCUCUGCAACCCAAAAUCUGUGCUGAAGAGACAAGUGAGCCCAGAGGAACUUCAGACUCCUGGUGGACCUUACAUAAAGAAGACAUUCACAAUUGUGGGAGACGCAGUGGGCUGGGGAUUUGUGGUGAGAGGAAAUAGACCCUGCCACAUCCAGGCAGUAGACCCUGGCGGACCCGCUGCCGCGGCGGGAAUGAAGGUGUGUCAGUUUGUGGUGGCGGUUAAUGGAAUGAAUGUGCUCAAUAUGGACUACAGGGCUGUCAGCAGCUUCAUCCUUACUGGCCCCAGAACAGUGGUCAUGGAGGUUAUGGAGGAAGCCGAUUACUGAAGACAGACGCUCUUGUGUUUCUGUUUCUCUCUCUCUUUCUCUCUUUUUUUAAUCUUAGGUGGACUUUCUUCAGUGAGUCGACGUUCUGUUUAAUAGAAUGUUGAGAGAAACGAGUGGAGCUAUUCCGUUCAUCAUUUCGAUUCGAACCAUUAGCAUGACACUAAUCCAUGCUUUGGAAUCCGUGCCUCUCAUAGGCUCCUCAUUGACUGUUACUGGUCCAAGUCAGCCAAGGCUGUAACUGGACAAACUCUAUGGGAAAAGCAGCUGCCAAAUAUCAUUUUUAGUAGAACCGUAGCAUUUAAAACACUCUUGGUGGGUUUGCAGAACCGAUGCCAAACUAAUAUAUGUGUGCCAUUCAGGUGAGAGCGUAAUUCAGUGCUCUUUUUAGACUGUUUUCAUUAUUAGUUUAGGCAAGGAAUAAAACAUUGUAUCAGGUAUUUUAUGACCUUAGUGUGGUAAGUAAAAUGAUACAUACUGAUAUAUCCAUCCGAAUGCAGGGGACAACCAACAACAGCACUUACAAGACUUUAGGUGAAUGUUUAAAACGCUACGCACAUCUGAAAGAUGUUGUUGUAUUCAUGUCUUGUUUUAAAAGUAUCUUGUGAAAGUAGUUUGUAUUGUGUCUAAAUGCCAUCAAAAAGGCAAGUAGUUACCUGUAAAAUGCUAAUAUUAUAUGACAAUAUUUCACUUUAGGAAAGUUACGGCAGAAAUGUACUUUAUACAAGUUUGUAAACGCAGACGAUUGAAUAAUGACAUGCAUUAUUAUCCCAGAUGUGUUUUUAUUCAGGAAAGUUAGCUUAGCGGUUAUCUUCAAAACCUUUAAACUGUUGGUGCAUUUUGACAGAGGCCGAUACGAAAGAGAAAGUGAUCAUAAAAAAACGCUAAUUAAAAAUUGCAGCCACGGUCAGAGACAUUUUGGUCUCUACAGGUCUGCUUUCACAUACUUGCAUAGAGUAUUUUUCGGGACUUACUGUUUUAACUUUAAAACUUACUGCCAUGAAAAAUUUAGUAUACUCAUGUAGUGUGUUUAUAGAGUAAAUGAGUCACUGAGACAAGUAUAUGAAUUUGCUCACCAAAUUUAUGUAACUAGUUUAAGAAAUACAUUUGUAAUUCCACCUAAGGAUUUAUUCGAUAAAUUUGAAAUAUACAGUAAUGCUGUACAUGCAAACUCCUAUAUGCAUGUGUAUUGUACGAAGCAAGCAACUGUAAAAAUGAGCACAUGUCAUGACACAAUGUGAAAUCUAUAAUGUGUUCGUUUUCCACAUAUUCUGUCUCUGUGAACACUUUUUUGCAGGUUGCUUAUUGUGCAAUUGUACUCAUUUGUAUUGAUAAGAAUGGCAUAUUAUAGUCACAGUCUUUGUUCUUAACGGAAGUAAGCUUGAAUCUUCUGCCUUAAUGACCUGUAUUGUGCUGCUAAUUGGUCACGUAACAUCUGUAAUGAUAAAGUCUUCUUUUAAAGACAGCAUAGGUGAAGAUUUUGGGGGUGAUCAUGACAAUCAGUAUCAGGGUAGUCUGUUAAAUACUGGGCCAGAUAUGUGCCACAUCUUCCUCACUGCCGGGAAGUCUAAGCUAAUCGAAUAAUCUUAUAGUUCUUCUGUUCUGAAUUAAAAUGAAAAAGGAAGUUUCAUUUAAAACUCGAGUUCAGUGCAGCUGAGUUCAAUGCAUGUGUUUUUGUUUAAAGGGAUAGCUGACCCAGAAAUAAAAACGAUGUCCUCAUUUACUCGCCCUCAAAACCUGUAUGGGUUUCUUUUAACUGUGUAAUUUAAUGGCUAUACACAUUAUUUAUACAGGUUUGGAACGACUUGAGGGUCAGUAAAUGAUGACAAAAUUUUAAUUUGGGGUAAACUAUCCCGUGGAGUAAACUCAUGGUACCAUAGUAUUUCUUUGUGCAGCUCUAAUUCAUGAUUAAUAUGUGUUUUGAUUAAUGUUUAAUUAAACUUCUUGAUUUCAUUAAAAAAAAACCUGUCUUGUGUGCCUUAGAACCACAUAAAUGGCAUCCUUAAUAUCUCUCUCUCAAAUGUUAUUAUAAAUGACAUGGACAUGGACCCAGGUUAGUGAUAAACCCUAAAUGAUUCUGUAUAUUUCUCAUUUAAAAUUAAAACUUGAAUUUUCA